ACAAUGGACAAUGGAACUACUCGCAACUUAACCUCAUUUAUUCACAUUGACGAUAAUGUCGAGAUCGUAUUUACACCAAGAAAAUUCUGUUAGAUAUUUAUACAGUUUAUUAAAUACGCUACCUGCACCCGCAAAAUCAACUUUAGAAUCUUUUUAUUUAUCGAGAUGUUGCGAUAUAUCAAAACGCGAGCUGAUGAAGCUGCCAGAUGUAUCCAACUCACGAGUACGAUGUCCGCAUUGCUUUAUCGAGUAUGACUGCCGUGGUAAGUCCUGUGAACUAGCCAAAUCGAGGAUCACUAGGAGGUUUGCUCGUAAGCUGGUGAAAAAACGCGAGACCGGCAAGGAGCUGACAAAGUACCAAAAGCAAUACUUGAGGAGUAUUCGAAACAAGACCCAGUUUGGUUUUAACACAUUUACCGAAAUAUGUAGCUUUUGUACGAACAAACGAACCACCGACAUAAAGAAACCCGCAAAAAAACGUGCACAGCCUGCUCCUGUGCCAAUACGAAAUAAAAAACGUCGCAAGAAGGAUAAAUUUGCCGGACUCGAUGAAGUUGCGGUCUCAUCGGUACAACAGAAAGAAUGUGCGCCUAAAAUUGUAGUUGCCAAGAACACUGCGGCAUUUAAACCUAACAGUGGAUCGCUGAAGCACAAAAACAGGAAAUUAAAGAAUUUACUCGACGGUAUCAAAACGGAGUCCUCUCUGCAGCAAUUUUUGUAUAGCAUCUAACUGUCUUUUGUUCUAAUAGGUAAUGUAUAUAAAAGUUUUGUUCAUACACUUAUUUUUAUAAUGAGCGAUUCAGUCCCUUUGUAGGUUUGAACUGACAAAGUUUGAAUUAACGCUCAAACUCUACAUUUAAUCAUGAACUCCCAUGUUAGAUCAAAUAUUGGAUUUAAGGAUCAACAGUUGGAAUCCUCAGUUGAGUUUUGAGAUAAAACAAAUUUCCUACAGUUUGAAAUUAUUUAAGGAUUCGAAUUAGGAGUGAUUUUCAACUCAAAAUUUAUCAGUUUUUGUUUUUUAAGUUAUAUUGAAGCUGCUUGAUUCAAAUUUGAAUUUGGCACUCGCAAACUUCAUUGUUUAUGUAACUAUUCCAUUUAUCUCGCCAUUUAUUAUUAACUAAAGCAGUGGUUCUCAAAAUGGGUGCCAUGAAAUUU